AUGGGGCCUACGGUCAAGAACGGCACGGUGGAAACUCGCGGAAAACUUCUUCAUGUCAACAAUUAUCUAAGUUCCACCACGCAGACCAAUGAUAUUGUUGCAACAGUGACUGAGCAAGAUGAACACCGCAUACAUGAGCCACAUUGUGUCCCAGCCAAACAAGUGUAUUGCACUGCUUGUCCCCAUGAAUUUUGGCUCAGCAGACAAAACCCUACAACACCAACAGGCCAACCAUCUUCACUUGCAAGCACGGAACUGAUCAUCCUUCUAAGUGAUUUGGUACACGAGAUGUAUUCUAACUGGACCAUGUCAUGGGAGGCAAACCGGGUCAGUAGUAAGGCUACUGUAACUCCAUACAGCAACCCAGACAAGUGGAAGACUAUCGGUAUAGACAAAGCAACAAUGGACAUACUCUGGAUCUAUAAUUCUUUGGUAAGGAUAUGUGCUACGCACGCAGAUCCAGGCAGGAUGCUGAAUUCUGGCCACAACUUACAAUUACAGGAGACAUUGGAAUCCACCAUAACGUGGUCUUGUCAAGAGGGAUCAGUGAAUAGUACUUAUUGUGAGUUGGAUGAUAUGAAGAGAGUAGUGGCGCAAAUGUGCACCAUAUUGUUUGAAACUUACAAACGUCCCUCAAUUGAUAUCACUCAAUUGGUAUUUUGGUCAAGACGUAGCGGAAAGGUCAAAAAUCUUUUGAAUACUUUCAGAGAUCAAACUUACCUGAUUGGCUUAUCACGAGCCGGCCUAAGCCACUUGGUAGAGUAUGCUGAGAGCCAACAAGCGGAUGGAUCACAACUUGAAACAAAUGAGACAGAAAAACCUGCUGAGAGGUUAUACUGUGAAGAUCCUGUUGAAAAAUGGGAUAGUGAUGAAGACAAUGUUGAACACAAAAAGUUGACAACAUAUAUAGCAUUUAUUGAUUAUGUGAUUUGCGGGUCAGUCGAAAUUCUUUCCAACGUCAAAUAUGACUGUCAUCACUGGCAUGUAGCUUUGUAUUUUGCACCCUUGCGGUCUGCAUAUCAGAAAUACUGUGACAUUAUUCCCUCUUCCACCUCAAAAGUUGAAGAAUCAGCCGAGAAUCCAUGUACUCCUUGGCCUGAGUGGGCCGAAACUCACCACACCCCUCAUACCGUCGUACCAGGUGUCAAAACACUCACAAGUCCCAAGAGUAUGUACUGCCUGGCCAAUAAAAGGAUCCCUGAUGCACAUUAUUUUGAUGGUAUCAAGUGUUGA